AUGCCAAUCAACCCGCCCACCCGCGACGGGACCUUUGGAACUGGUCAACUGCCACGAUUCGUCGCCUUGAAAGAAAAGACUCCGAUCUCGAAGAUCAACUCAGGAUUUGGGCACAUCAUCUCCUCUCCUCCACGCUACGCUACGCUACUCUACUCUACCCCUCUUGGCUACUCGUACCUAUCAAUCAUCUCCACUCCACCGCCAUCCCGUCUUCCCCGUGGUAUGGAAGAGCUGAAAUUAGCUCCAUUUACGGGGGCAUCCGACACUCACACUACACCUACACACCUCCGCCUCACUCUGUCCCUGUCCCAAAUUGGUAGCGACUAUGGAGUAUAG